AUGACAGAAGAACAAGAAAAACACCACGCAGACUAUGCGAACUUUGACUCUAUUGGAAAUAGAGGAGAUGCUUUGGAAAUGCUAGUGAUGUCAUAUAAAAGUCUAUCUCACGAUGAGGAUAAUUGGGUCUGUAAUUUGGCAAAUGCGUCUUCUUUGUUGUGGCACUGUUAUCGUUCUUUGAACAUCAAUGUCAACUGGACAGGUUUUUAUAUUACUCGAAAAAAUAAUGAGAAUGAGUUAUUACUAGGUCCAUUUCAAGGUAAAGUUGCGUGCCAAUCAAUUGAAUUCGGUAAAGGUGUAUGUGGCACAGCUGCUUCUACUCAGGAAACCCAGGUUGUCGCUGAUGUUAACAAAUUUCCUCAUCAUAUUGCAUGUGACGGAGAAACUAAAAGUGAAAUCGUGGUUCCCAUAAUUUCACAAUCUGGUAAAACUUUAGGUGUUAUCGACUUAGAUUGUCUGGAUUACAAUGGCUUUGGUGAACUGGAUAAGAAGUAUUUGGAAGAAUUAGCAGCUCUGAUCUCAAAAACUUGUGCAUUCUGA